CUAAAUCUCCCAAACAUCGAAAGUAAAACUAAUAUCCAACUUGAAACUAUCACCUAUAAACCUCACCGCAGUCCGUUUUUUCCACAUAUGCCGGUGUUGCGGAAAAUAAAUUUGCAUUCAGGAUAAACAAACGUGGAAGAGAGUGAAGUUUACUCAUAACUGGAUAAUACUGAACGGGAGGACAAGCUAAAACGAGGAGCUAACACCUAAGAGAGAAGUUUGUUGAGCCACGCAACAUUAAUCCAGCAGUUCCAGUCAUGAUAUGUGUGUCAGAUAUAGGAGAUGGGGUCAGAGCUCAAAGCGGGGCCAAUGCGUGUCCUUGUGACUGGUGGAUCUGGUUUGGUGGGCAAAGCCGUUGAGCAUGUGGUGCAGCAGGCCGGCGGGAAACUGUUGGGAGAAGAAUGGAUCUUCCUCUCCUCAAAGGAUGCUGAUCUUGUAGAUGUCGAGCAGACCAGGGCUGUGUUCGAGAAGUAUCGCCCCACUCACGUCAUCCACCUAGCUGCAAAAGUCGGAGGACUCUAUCUACACAUGAGGGAGAACCUGCACUUCUUGAGGGACAACAUCAAAAUCAAUGACAAUGUACUACAAACAGCCCAUGAGAUGGGUGUCACCAAGAUCGUGUCUUGCCUGUCCAGUUGUAUCUUCCCUGACAAAACCACAUACCCCAUUGAUGAGACCAUGAUACACAACGGACCACCUCAUGACUCCAACUUUGGAUAUUCACAUGCUAAAAGGAUGCUUGAUGUUCAGAACAGGGCAUACUUUCAGCAGUACGGUCAUCGUUACACAGCAGUCAUCCCGACCAACGUGUUCGGUCCCUAUGACAACUUCAGCAUAGAAAAUGGCCACGUGCUGUCAGCACUCAUUAACAAGACAUACAAGGCCAAAAAGGAAGGAACUCAUGUAAAUGUAUGUGGCUCUGGAGCUCCUAGAAGACAGUUCAUCUAUUCUCUGGACCUGGGCCGUCUAAUCAUUUGGGUCCUGAGAGAAUAUGAGGAAGUUGACCCCAUUAUCCUCUGUGUGGGUGAAGAGGAUGAGGUCUCAAUCAAAGAGGCUAUAGACAUGAUUGCAAAGGCUCUGGACUUCAAAGGCAACAUACACUUUGACACCACCCUGUCUGAUGGCCAGAUGAGGAAAACAGCCAGCAAUGCCAAGCUGAGACGCUACCUCCCCGACUUCACCUUUACACCUCUUCAAGAAGCUAUAAAGAUGACAUGUGACUGGUUCGUGGCCAACUAUGAGACUGCCCGGACAUGAAGUGACCAAAAACCGAGUUGAAAAUGAACACUAAUGUUU